UGCCCCAAAUCUCUAUAUAGAUCCAUCCAUAUCUAACUUAUGUGGCGACAAUUGGGCCUUCCCUCUCGCAUAGGAGCAGUUGCUAAAAGGCAGCGACUGCCGGCGUCUCCCUUUUCCCAACAUCACCACCCAAAACAUCAGGGACAACGGGCAUCUCUAUCAGUUGUGUCCGCCACUUUCUCCCCGCCGUACCAAUCUCGUCGUGCAGCUGGUUUGUUGUUCCAUCGAUCGUUGGCAACGAGUGCUCGUGCCCGUGGGGCUGCUACAAGUCUUUCCAAAAAGGGCAAGCACAUCGACAACUCAAGCAGCAGCAACGACAAGAACACUUUACGGAUUAAAAGUCGUCCUGACGGAGAAGCAGAGGUAGAAUCCAAAUUUUCCCUACCCGACAAAGACAAGGAACUCGAACUCGUCGCCGUUCAAAACGAAAUUCAGGAUCGAUACAAAGCCGGUAACUACCCAAGUGCACUGAAAUUGAGUCGAGAGUUACAAACGAAGACGGAGUCGCAUUUUGGAUUGGAUCAUCCGGCAACAGCCAGUGCUUACAACAACGUUGGACUCAUGCACAAACUCCUCGGAAACUUUGACGACUCGCGGCGAGCCUACGAAAUGGCCCGUAAGGUAUACAAACGUGUGCUCGGGAGCGACCACGCCUCAUACGCAUCGACGCUCCACAAUUUGGGCAAUCUCAAUCGUACACAAAUUCAUUUCGAUGCCAAUUUAAGAGCCACUGAUCGACUUUCCUUGGUCGAACAGGCCCUGGAGUACCUGCAACGCGCCUACCGAAUUCGAGUGGAAGAGUUGGGACCACAUCAUCCCCACACCGUGGCCUCGCGGUCCAGUUGGGGUGCCACCCUGGCGGCACAAAUCUUGCAUUACCACAAAAUGACCACCAAACACACCUCCAACAAUGGUGAAACCUCAACGAGCCAACUGCCGUACUAUAUUUCUGUCUUACCGGCCGACGUGUCAACACAGGCAUGGGAAGCAGCACACGAGCAUUUGAAGGAAGCCUUGGACACGGCCAUUGCCAAUCCUCGCGGACCUAGUUUGCCACAAAAAAAGAACAAGAAAACUCGCCACGGAAGCAAACAACAACGCACCAAGAAAGCGUCAACUACUUCCACAACACCCAACUUGUCGUCGCUGUCUGAGCUUCCACUCUCUCUACAGACUCUAUCAGCCGCCUCGGCCGCACAAAAUUUGGCCGUUUUUUGCAAAGCCCGUGCGACAACUACGACCCCCUAUGACCAAGCACUGCUGUCACAAGCGCACGAACUCUACAAACAAACACUACACGUCCGAUCACAGUUGUUGCCCUCCACGCAUCCCGAUUUGUACGCGACGCAGUUUAGUUUAGCCGAACUGUUACAGGCCAUGGGGGAUGAGGAGGCCGCCAAUACCUUGCGACAAGCUAUUGUUGAUACGUACGAUCCUCCGUCCAACGACAGCAGUGACGACCAUACCAGCGGCGACGGUGCAGACAAUGCUCCAGAUGUAGACUCCAAACGGUUGUAA